GGUCAGCAGCAGAAGUGAACAUGGCAACAGUCUGUUCAACCAGACAGAGGUUGUCAACCCUCACACCUGACGAUGAGCUCUCCGUCAUCGAAAAUGGAGACAGUAGAACUUUUUGUGAAGACAACACUAUGAGAGCCACCAUCCGACCAUCAGAGAGCCACACAGAUUCAUUUACAGGUGCCGGGGCAGUGGCCAGGCUCUCCCACUUCAUCCUUAUGCUGCGGAACUGGUCAUCUCACAGAAUAAACCCAGAAGAACAGAGGCGCGAUUCGUUCCUGGAGCGCUUCAGGGGCUCUGAGCUCAAAGAUAUCUCCAGCCAAGGCAGUGCUGCUGGUCACAGUGAUGUGUCCCGCAAGAAGAGUCUUGCCUGUAAGUGGCCACUUGCCAACUUCAACUUGAAUAAUUGCAACAACACAGACGAAAAGAAAGAGGACAAAAAAGAGGAGAUUAAAAAAGAUGAGAAAAAGGAAGAGAAAAAAGAUGAGAAGAAGGAAGAGAAGGAUAAGAAGGAUGACAAAAAGAAAGAGGAGCCCUCGAAAGAGACCUGGUGUAUGGACCCGGCCUCUGAUCUGUACUACAGAUGGCUCAGCAUCAUUGCAAGCCCAGUAUUUUACAACCUGCUGAUGAUCGUGACGAGAGCCUGUUUUAAUGAACUCCAGGAGUCUUAUACAAAACUCUGGAUAUUCCUGGACUAUACUUCAGACUUUUUAUACUACACAGACACUUUUGUCAGAUCAAGGACAGGUUACCUGGAACAAGGCCUGCUGGUAAAAGAUGCCAAGAAGCUGAGAAUUCAUUACACGGCAACAUCGCAUUUUAAAUAUGAUGUAAUUUCAAUGAUACCUACUGAUAUUUUGUUUCUGAAAUUUGGAUAUAACAACCCAGAAUUCAGAUUUAAUCGUCUUUGUAAAAUAUCAAGACUUUUUGAGUUCUUUGAGCGGACAGAAACCAGAACCAGCUUCCCAAACAUGUUCCGGAUCAGUAAUCUUGUACUUUACAUCCUUAUUAUUAUCCAUUGGAAUGCCUGUAUGUUCUUUGCCCUUUCUAAAACUAUCGGGUUUGGAUCAGACACUUGGGUGUAUCCUAAUAUCAGCCAUCCAGAGUACGGCCGAUUGGCGAGAAAGUACAUCUACUCGCUGUACUGGUCUACACUGACCCUCACUACCAUUGGAGAGACUCCCGCUCCAGUCAAGGAUGUUGAAUUCCUUUUUGUCAUUGCUGACUUCCUAACUGGUGUGCUAAUUUUCGCCAGUAUUGUCGGUAACGUCGGUGCCAUGAUCUCCAAUAUGAAUGCCUCUCGGGCCGAGUUCCAGGCAAAGAUAGACUCCAUAAAGCAGUACAUGCAAUUUCGAAAAGUCACCAAAGACCUAGAGGCCAGAGUGAUCAAGUGGUUUGACUACCUAUGGACUGAAAAGAAAACCUGUGAUGAGAAGGAGGUUUUGAAGACCCUCCCUGACAAGCUCAAGGCUGAAAUUGCCAUCAAUGUCCAUCUGGAUACGCUGAAAAAAGUGCGUAUUUUUCAGGAUUGUGAAGCUGGUCUGCUGAUUGAAUUGGUGCUGAAGCUGCAGCCGCAGGUUUUCAGUCCUGGAGAUUACAUCUGCAAGAAGGGGGACAUCGGCAGGGAGAUGUACAUCAUCAAGGAAGGGAAACUAGCUGUGGUGGCCGAUGAUGGAGUUACUCAGUUUGUGGUUUUAAGCGAUGGUGCAUACUUUGGGGAAAUCAGUAUUUUAGGUAUCAAAGGUAGUAAGGCAGGCAACAGGAGAACAGCCAACAUCAGAAGUGUUGGUUACUCUGACCUCUUUGCCUUGUCCAAAGAUGACCUGAUGGAGGCGCUCACUGAAUAUCCCGAUGCCAAGAAGGCUCUGGAGGAGAAGGGGAAAGCCAUCCUGAUGAAAGACAACCUGAUUGAUGAGGCAGUGGCUAACGCUGGAUCUGACCCCAAAGACCUGCAGGAGAAGAUCACCAAAAUCCAAGACAACCUGGAUACCAUGCAGACCAAGCUUGCCCAGCUGAUGGCAGAGUUCAGCUCGAGCCAGACAAGGAUGAAGCAGAGGGUCACUCAGAUGGAGGAGAAAGUGAAGUCUAUACAACCAGAGGACUUGACUGAAGUGAUGGCUGAUAAAGACAAAAAAGUCCAGUGAUGUACCAGAAGACUUUCUGAAAAAUGUAAGGAUGUUUCUGUAAGAAUGGCAGAGCAACAAUUUUUUUUUUCCAUGAGCCGUGUUUGUAUCUAUUUAUACAUGUUUAUUAUCGUCAUAAACGUCUCAAACUGUGUAUACUAAUGUGUGCAUACUUGUUGAAAAAAAAGCACUUUUUACAGCUUUAGUAUACUGAAGAAUGUUUUCAUGAGUUUUGAUAUUUUCACACACUUCAAGAUGUAAUUCUCAAGUAUUGUGGUGUGUACCAAAAGAAACACCUGCAAUUCAGAAAUUGUAAUCCAUAUUUCAUCUGUAAAUAUUAAACCCAAACACAAAAUUUGUUUUAAAAUUUAAUACCUGCAAAUAUGAGCUUAGAAAGUAAACCUGCUACAAAAUAUAUAGAC